AUGGACAGGAUAAAGAGUAUAUUGACAAGAAAGAAGAAGGAUAAAUUGGCAUGGAUACAUUUGGAUAGAUGUACAAGUACAAAUAAUAAUAAUCAUAAUCAUCAUAAUAAUAAUCAUAAUAAUAAUGGACAUGGUGGAAAUAGUGGGCAUCGAUAUCACUCAUCGGAUGAAGCAUCGGACGACUUGAUCCCCGAAGAGAUCAGGUCCAUCUCACAGGUGGCCGACCUGUCCACAUCAGAGCGUCGGUGGCUAACUACCACACUCAAGAUACCGCCACAGCUGAUCGAGACACACUUGGCCGUGUUGCUGAACGUGCUCAACUACCUGUCGCGCAAACAAGGCGUGUUCUACUGCUUGAUCCCCGAGGAACAACGUCGCAGACACUCAAUAUCACGCAUGUUCACAUCAAGUCGCUCGCGCACACCAUCCACCUCGAGCACGCCGGCGUCGACUUCGCCAUCACUCCAUUCAUACGGCCCAUCGAUCAAUCUCAAGUGCAGUGGCGGCAGCGGGCUGGCGGUGGCCGUGUCGGCCGUGCCCUCGUCCGACGUACUCACGCUUCAGCCGCGUCGUCGCGGCGACUACAAUCGCAUCUUCAUCGAGCCUGGCCGCUACCACUCGUUCCCCGAGCAGGAGAGUCUGGCGAUGGCGCGACUGGUGAUCGAGGAAGAGGAGCCAUCGCGCUCAUUCAAGCCGUGCGAGCAGAGCACGGUGAUCAAGGGUGCGUUUGGCGCAGUGCACCACAUGCUCUACAGCAACAGCCUGAGUCCGUUCAACAACCUCGAGGUGGCGCUCAAGAAGAUGGACCACAAGUCCGAGCGCAAUCGACGCUACAACCUGAACGAAAUAGCCAUGCUGCGAUACCUCAAGCAUCCCAAUGUCGUGGGCUUUGUCAACGCGUAUGAGAACCGCGACGAAGAGCUCUGGAUGCUGAUGGAGUAUAUGGACGGUGGGACCAUUCGCGAGGCCAUCCAAAGCUUCCACCUUUAG